AAUCGGUAAGCUUUCUUAAAACCAUUACCUUGAACUUAGCUACGAAUUAAUGGUCAGCCUCAGCCAAUCAUAAAGAGGUUAGCUGUUCAAACCGUCAGGCACGUGUUUCCUCGUUUUCAAUGGCUUCUAUGUAAACAAUUGACGAUCAUUGACACACUGCAAAAGAAACAAGAAUACAAGAUCUCGAUUUCUAACACAAAGCAAUCACCAUGCCACCUUCUAGUCCUGCCUUUACUUGCCGUUGACAAUGCUCCGAAAGCCAUUGCGACAAGUAGUUCGGAACUCAAGUAACGACAGACGAAAACUAUAGACGAACUGAAUGCAUUGAGAAUAAAAAAUGAACAAGAAAUUGAAAUUGAAUAACUUGACUGCAUCGCCGAGGUACACAAGGUCGAUGAAAAAGCAACAGAUCGUAGAACCUGUGAGCGAUUCGACAACGACAACCUCGCCAAACACUACUUCGCAAUAUUUUUCAAAAAAAUCAGCGGAGCCAAAAUUAGAAGCGGAAACCCUCCAAGUGGUGGUAAAAAAACACAAAAAUCCGAUCAAAGUGGAAUAUGAAUCAAAGCCUGACGAUGAGAAAAAUGUCUCAAAACCAGUAUCGCAGAAAACAGAAAUUGCGAAGUCUGAAAUUGAUGAAAAAUGGGAGCCGGGCAACUGGCGAGUCAUCUUAGAUAAUAUCCUUGAAAUGAGAAAAAACCACACAGCUCCCGUCGAUUCGAUGGGAUGCCACAUGUGUUCAGAUCCAAACGCAAAUCCAUCUGAUGCUAGAUUCCAGGUUCUUGUCGCUCUGAUGCUCAGUAGCCAGACCAAAGAUGAAGUAACUCAUGCCGCGAUGAAAAAACUCAAAUCUCACGGCUGCACGCCGGCAAAGAUCAAAAGCACUUCAAGCGAAAUGCUCGGGCAGCUGAUUUAUCCUGUCGGUUUUUGGAGGCGAAAGGCUGAGUAUAUAAAAAAGACUACGGAUAUACUGUUAGAACAAUAUGGCGGAGACAUACCAAAGACUGUAGAAGGCUUGUGCAAGCUGCCCGGAGUUGGUCCGAAGAUGGCUCACCUCUGCAUGCAGGUUGCAUGGGGAGAAGCUUCUGGAAUCGGAGUGGAUACACACGUUCACCGAAUAUCGAAUCGUCUCGGCUGGGUGAGAAAACCGACAAAAACACCGGAACAAACAAGGGUGCAGCUAGAAUCGUGGUUACCUAAAAAGAAGUGGGUCGAAGUGAAUUACAUUUUGGUCGGAUUUGGUCAAGAGAUUUGUCUUCCUGUGCGGCCAAAGUGCUCAGAUUGUUUGAACGUCAAUAUUUGUCCUUACGAGAUCGGACGAUGGGAUCGUCUCAAGUCUGGACUAGAUCCAGUCGAUCAGAAUAUGGUUGAUCGACUUAGGAAAUUGAAAGAUGAGGACAAACCUGUGCCUCAAACUAGCUUGGAGGAGAUUCGAAGAAGGCUUGCUCUACUCAAGGAUCAAGACCCCAACAAACCUGUCCCUAAAACUAAUAUCCACGCGGUGGACACGAGGACAGAUGAACAAAAGACUGCAGAUUUGAUAAAUGAGUAUUUGGAGGAACUUAAGCUGUCUUCGGAUGUGAAUUCGGAUGCACAGAUUGAGGACAGGCUUGCCAGACUGAGAGGAAUAGAUCCUGCGCAAUUCCGCAAGAACAAGCCUGAAGAGGACAUUGAGGAAGAUGAGCAAACAGCCACCAAAAGGAUCCUUAAAAAAGCUUUGGACGAGGCCGCGAUAGAGUCUAAAUUUUCCGAACUAGAAGAACUAGAGCCUAUGGAUACAGAUCCAGCUGAAGAGGAAGAAGAGUUACCGUGGUGUACAAUUUGCAACGAAGACGCGCAGCUCCGCUGCAUCGGAUGCGACGGUGAUUUGUACUGCACAUCGUGCUUUCGGGAAGGGCAUGACUCGUUCGAAAUGGUCGAUCAUCAGAGUGUGCCUUUUAAGCCACGGAAAAAAGUUGACAAAGUUGAUGAUUGAUGGUUUAAUUCCUUAGAAAUAUCGGUAUUACUGGCACCUUGCAUUUCACAUGCAAGAGAUAUAGUUUUUCUCAAAUUAUUUCGAGCUUUCUUACGAGUCGUACAGAAAAAUAUUCCAAUCGUCACAUAGACUCAACUAUCAGCGUUUGACUUACGAUUCGUGAAACAGGUGUAGUACAUUUGAUCGAAGGUAUUGAAAAAAAAUUAUACCCAUAUAUUUAUACACAAAUACACGCAAUUAUAUUUAUAUAGUUUUAUACAUAUGUAUUUUAACACUGUUUCAAUAUAGUUUUUAUUUUUGUUUGCGCUAUUACUGAUUGUAAUCAAGCACACAUACCUUUUAUGCGCAUAUUUAUGUAUGUACAUACAUAUACAUAAUGUGAUAUCUGUGGCAUCAGUUUUUAUGGUAGCUGCCUGUAUUUUCAAGAAUAUAUUCUGUUUUAAUCUCUA